CCAGCUUUCCCUCAACCUUUCUUUCUUCUACUCUCUCUCUCCUUCUCUGUCCCUGGUUUGCUUUGGCGCUUCUCUUUCUCUUUCUCUCGUUCGUUCUAUCCUUUCUUUCCUCCUUUCCUUAUCUCUUCUCCCUGCCCCUGCUCCGUCUCAUCGUCUCUCUCUCAGUGCGGCAGGUGAUCGGCUGCGGCCACACGGUGUCUCUGUCCCCCGACUACCGGCCUCAGGAUAACGGGACAGCGAAGUGCGCUCUGAGCCCUCCCUGUCGCCAGCCAGCUGCUCCCGGUCAGUCGCCUCGCCUCGCCCACCGCAGUCCGGAGUGCGGAGGGCAAGAGUGGUGUCGCUGUCAGGCAAUGAGCGGCCGUGUGGGCAGGCACUGAGCGGCACGAUGUUGGCCGGGGAGCGCAACACCAGCCUGUCCCGGCACAGCCUCAACAUUCCCGUAGGCUUGCUGAUCACCUCGCCCAAGCGGAGACUGGCCAGGCUGGGCAGGAAACACAGCAACGGAUCGCUGCAGUCGAGUUCCUCAGAUGCCACGGUCAGGUCCAGUGAAAGUUUUGGAGUGAGGCAGCCGGCCCGCAGCAGGAUCAGGAGACACAACAGGAGCCUGGCCACGGUGUUCCGAGGCCGCUCCCUGAAGGAUGAGAAGGCAGGCGAUGAGCAGCGUGGUGUCUUGGCCACGGAUGACCCCACUGAGCUCUCCACCCAAGUCACAGCUCCCGGUGUGCUGAAGAUCUUUGGGGAUAAGAUCUGCGCAGGUGCCAACUACAAGAGCGUGCUGGCAACACCGUGCUCCAGUGCUCAGGAGCUGGUCAAGGAGGCACUCGAGAGAUACUCUCUGGAAAAGAGCUCUGCCGGGGACUAUGUGCUCUGUGACGUGAUUGGGUGUUUGGAUGAGGACCACCAAUGGAAGACGGAAUGCUUUAGGGUUGUAAGCAACUGUGAGAAGCCUCUCAUUUUGCAAUCGCUUUGGAAACCAAAGGAGGGGUUUGUCCGGAGAUUUGAAAUCCGCCGCAAAGUGGACGUGGAAGAAUUUGCAGCAAAGGAGAAAGACACAGUGACAGCAGGGAUCAACGCUCAGGCUCGGAGGCUGCAAAUAACUCGAACAAGGGCAUCCUCGGCACUGACGGAUGAAGAAAUCGAAAGCAGCUUUGCACUCUGGCGGAGUGUGAGUGAACUGAAUCUGUCCCUCAAAGCCAGGGAUGCAAAGCCAAGUGCCCGUGGUCCUCAAACUGAAUUGCUGGACUCUGAACGGAGCAAGGGAGUGUCAUGUUUGGGCAGUGAGAAGGAGGAGACUGAGAGCAGUGACGACAGCUCCACCCAGUACUCCAUCCACCCUCCCUUUGAAUUCCCCUACUUCCUCUUGCUGCAAGGAUAUAGUUACAGGCAGGAUUUUGUUAUCCAUGUGCUGAGUGGAACUAGCCACGUUUUUGGCCGCCUCUCAGAGGAGUCACGGGACCUGGAGGGAGAGCGGGUGAAGGUGGACAUUCAUCUAUCGGCCCCAGACAUCCAGCCGAGGCACUGCUGCGUGCGGCGGCGAGAGUUGAGCCCCAGGGGGGAGAGCAGCGAGCUGGUAACCUUGGCAAGACCAGGGAAAGGUGCUGCAGUCACCCACAACGGGAUGCCCAUCAGCCAGGAAACCCCACUGAGCCCAGGUGACCUACUGGGCAUGGGUGCCCACUACCUCUUCAUGUACAAGGACCCGACUCUGGGCAGCCAGAGCCACAGUCAGAGGCCGGCCUGGUUCCCAUCUCCACUCUUCCACCUGGGCCCGGGCGGUGAACUGCAGUGCAGGAUGUGUGGUUGUCCUGUCCAGGACAUUGGGAGUAGACGGACCACCCUUCGAGGCAGGAAUGUACCGCCCAGGAUUCUGGACCCUGACGGCAAUGAAUGUGAGCUCACGUAUCAGCUCUGGCAGGAAGAUGCUCUGCUGAACCUGAUCAUCGAGGCGCCGGAUAAGGAGAACACAGACUUCAAGCUGAUUCCAGGCUUCCUGCUGAGUCUCUGUAUUCAGCACUCAGCCACAUCCUUUCAGCCGGCUGACUUCCGGCGUCUGCUGCUCAGGAUAGCCAGUCAGAUCCAGUCAGUCAUGUGGGAGAAGACAAAGGAGCUUGCAGCAAUCCAGAGAGAGCAUGCCAGUGAGGACUGUGAGGAAACGUGUGCCAUUGGUAUGACAGAGCUGAUGCCAGGACUACGGCCCCUCGUCUACUGGAUGUCCAACUCCAUCGAACUGCUGCACUUCAUUCAACAGGAGGUUCCCAAACUGUUAGCGUGGGAGCAGCACGUGGACCCGAAUGAUUGCAGCAGUGAGCAGCUUUUGUCAACCAAGCUGGCCAGUGAAGAGGCCAUGACGGUGUUGGAGGAAGUCAUCAUGUUCACCUUCCAGCAGUCGGUCUAUUACCUUACCAAGACUCUCUACACGGUCCUGCCUGGAUUGUUGGAUAGCAACCCUUUUGCAGCCAAUUCAUCUCAGCUCAGCAUGCCACAAGGGGUUAACGAUGUCCUGCUGAUCUUCCAGGAAACAUUGAGCCUGUUAAAGCAAUAUCAAGUUCAUGCGGAGAUUGCUUCACAGCUCUUCGCCUACCUCUUCUUUUUUACAAAUGCCUCCCUCUUCAAUGCCCUGAUGGAACGAGGUUCUGGUGGAGGGUUCUACCAGUGGUCAAGAGGAGUGCAGAUUCGGGCCAACCUGGACCUGCUUCUAGACUGGAUUCAAGGUGUCGGACUCGGGGAGUUAGCUGCUGAGUUCUUCCUCAAAUUGUCUACUGCUGUCAACCUGCUUGCCACACCAAAGGAGAAACUCCUGCAGGCGAGCUGGAGGUGUCUAAGGAACGAUUUUACCAGUUUGAACCCAUCGCAGCUGCACCACAUGCUGAGGGAAUACAGCCCUGGGCGACCGUGCCAAUCCGCAUGGAGCCCGGUGCCCGAGGAGCAGGCAGCAGCACUGAGAACAGCUGACAUCCUGGAAAGCUUUGACAACCACCCGCCCCUGAUCCUGCCUUGUAACACCUUCCACAUUGAGCUGAGGAAGCCUGUGACUGGGUGCCGUGGCCUGUCCACACACCUGCAGUCUGUCAGGGAGUUUCUGCAGCAGCAGCACAUGCCGGAGGUGCCAGAAGAUAACAGCGUGACCCAAGCUCAACAGGGUUUUGGGGAGGUGCCCCGAGAGAAGACGGGCACCUCUGCAGAUGGAGGAGAGUGUACCGACCAAAACAGCAGACACCGCUGCUCUCCCGAGCCUCAGCCUGUGUACAGGGCGAGGGACAUCAGGAUGGGCCGUUCGCUGUUCCUGAGCCGUGCCUCGGGCAGUCUCCGCUCCUGCCAGGCGGAGCUGGCACACAAGCUGAAGAAUCUCGAGCUGCAGAGCAGCCUCCCAGGACAGCAGGAGCUCGCCCAGAAGAAGCUGGCUCUGGACCCCUCUUGCCUGCUGACGCCACCCAACACCCCACAGGUCCUGGAGCUGGCUGAGUGUGACACCGAAGCCCAUCCGCUGGAAAUAGCUGGCGGCAUGGUUAAUGGUGACCAGACUGAGCCGUGUGAAGGCAGCUCAUCGAAAGCAGGCAUUCCCACUCCUCAGAGGAGUGAAGCUGGUGAUGAAGUGUUCACUGUCAAGUUGGAAAGAGGAGCUCGUGGUCUGGGUCUGGCUCUGGUGGAUGGGCUGAGCACCCUGUUGAAUGUGAGUGGCAUUUAUAUCAAGUCCCUGGUUCCUGACUCGCCAGCCGCUGGAUGUGGGAAGUUGCAUCUGGGAGACCGAAUCCUGGCCGUCAAUGGGACAAAUCUGGUCGGGAUGGAUUAUCACAGUGGGCGUGAUUUGAUCCGAUCGUCAGGGGACUCGCUGUGGCUGCUGGUGGCCAGGUCUGAUUCACAAGCGGCGGUGAAGGUGUUAACACCGAACUGCUGACACGGGGGGCACAUGGGGCUUCCCUGCCCACGGACUCUGCACAGUUCCUUGCAUUCGUAUCUCGGUAACUGACGCUGAUGUGAGUGAGGAGGUGGAGCUCCUGAGACAACCAGAGGAGGGUCUGCAUAAGGAGAAUCCCCACUGCCACUGAGGGCUGGCGGGCAGUGAUCAUACCGGCACCAGGCUGGGGAACAGCUGCUGUGGGGACGAGUCAGCAUCAACAGUGCAUUUCACAGCAAAUUUCAAAGUUAAUGCUUCUUUUGCCUUAUCUGAAUGUUUGUUACUGAUGUUGUUGCUUCACAUGGACACACGAGUUGUGGCCACGGCCACUUCUAUCCUGUAUUAAUAAAUCCAGUAUUAUCAUUCA